CACAUUAAAGAAGGUCAUUGAAAAAGCUUUGCAUUGAAUAUUAAAUCUGUCAAAUUAUUAAAGAUGUUCUAAAAUCAAAUUGUUUUCAGAAGAUUAAUGGAUUUAAUUUAAAUAUUCGAAAAACCUCAGUGAGGGUGCUUUUUUGGAUGAUCUUAUCUUAGAUUUAGUAAACCAGAACUAUCACAUUGUAUGGCUAAAAAGAAAAGGUGAUAUAUAGUCAAGUAGGAAUAGGGAAUAUUCCCUAUUCAUAUGGUGCAUCAGAACCAACAGGUUUUUUUAUAAAGAGAUCAGGAGCUAUCAGUAUUAUAGAAAGAUUUUGGGCUUAAAAUAGAUAUUGGCAUUGUACUUGCCUUAAAUAUGUCUGCCCACCCAAUGAGAUCUGCUAUAGAGGCCCUUCUCUGAAUCCCAUCACUGAUGGAAGUUUCCUGGGAAAGGACUUGUGAGCAGGACAUCCUUGAUAGCUCCUUCAUAGCUCCCACACUGAGGAACUCAACAGGAAAUACAGAUGGCAUCCUCCUUGCUUGCUAUUUUUACAAGCAGGUGUAAAAUGGCCAGUAGAUGUCACUCGUAAACAUGAGCACUGUGAAAAGGAAAGUUGGUGGGGACCUGAAACACAGAACAGUAUGAUGUUGGAAAGGCAAGGAGCAAGCAGAGCCUGGCCCCCAUUUAAAACACUGGCACUUAUUUUAAGAGUAAUUAAAGAAGUUGGUGCUAAAGCCAUCUCCAAAAGGCAUGUUCGCCGUGACUGGUUGAUCAUUCCAGAUACAAUUGCAUUUUACAUAUAUCAGUCUGUGAACAAGGUGUCCCCCAAAGCUGCUGAAUUCUUAGCAGAAGCUGUCCAGACUCCAGCCAUUCUUGAGACAAGGAACUUCCUGAUAGAGAAAACAGCUAAACUCAGUGUGCUAACUGAACAACUCGUGGAAAAGGUAUCUGACUUUUGGAAGGAGAAGGAGAAAGAGAGAGAACCAGCACAACAAUAAGCCGUGAUCAAACCUAUGCAGUGUCUUCUGCUUUGUGUAUUCAUCUAGAGAAAACAGUCAUGUGCAGUUCUUGUUGAUGCCCCUAGAGGGACUAAGUAGCCCAGUUUCAGUGGGGACAGAACCAAAGAAGCCCAUAAAAAGAGCAAAAUGGAAGGCCCCUCCACGUGUUACAAGAUUUUUUGUAGGAAAAGAGUAUAAUGUGUGCUGAAAGGGUUGAUUUUUGCUGUCCAAUCUGUGUAUUCACAACCAAAUAAACGUUACAGAUGACGAUGUACAUGCUUCAUCACCCCUCACAUGUUCAGGGCUGGUCCAAGGAUUUUGGGCACCUUUGGUGCCCCCUGCCCCCUUUGCCAGCAUGGGCACCCCCACCCCACUCACUCACCUGGGCAGGCAUCUCCCAUCAUGCAAGCAGACAGGCAGUCCCCAUCACCUGCCUGGCCACCCACUUACUUUCCUCGCCCCUCUGCCUCCACCCACCGCCCUGCCUCUGCCAGGUCAGCCGGCCUGCCACAACACAUUAUGACGUUUAUACAUGAUGCGGCUAUGUCAUUAUAAUGUGCUGUGGCAGGCUGACUGCCCAUUAUAAUCUGCCAUGACAGGAGUGGCAGAGGCAGCCAGCAAGGAGAGCAAGUGGGCAGGUGGGUGAUAGGAAUGGGGCAUACCUGCCUGCUCACUCACCCACAUGCCUGUUCACUCAGUCAGCUCAAACAACUGGCAUAUGACCCAGGCCUUCGGCACCCCUCCCUGCUUGGUACCCUAGGCCAGGGAUUCUCAAUGUUGGGUCCCUAGAUGUUCUUGGACUUCAACUCCCAUAAUCCCCAACCAAAGUCCACUGGGGCUGGGGAUUAUGGGAGUCAACCAAAAGUCCAAGAACAUCUGGGGACCCAAAGUUGAGAAUCCCUGCCCUAGGCAACCGCCUAGUUAACCUACUGGACAGGCUGACCAGCAUACAUUCAGUGAGGGAUUAUAUCCAUAUAAGAGAAGUACUACAAAGGAAAAUACUGGGAUUAGCAAGGAAUUGAACCAUUUCCAGUAUUUUCUCAACAAUAGUCCUUUGAUUUAAGAUGCUUUUCAAAUGUGCUGCUUAGCAGCAGACGAAUCUAAUGCAGUGCAAGGGCACAGACACAAUGGCUCUUGCUUCUACAAUAUCAGAGUGCUCUCAUAGAAUCUGGAGGGUUGUUAGCUGUUCUGUUUCACUGUGUCUGAAGCCUACCCACAGCUGUGCAAUUCCGCGAUCCCAACCAGCAGGUUCACAGCAAUGGUGCUAGCACUAGACUAUGAUCUGAAACAUGUGCCUCAGGAUCCCUCCUUGUCACAUGGCAAAGGAUAGUGAAGUGCACCUGCUUAGCUUGGACUGCACAGUGCUUCACGAGUAGCCCUAAAAAUAUUGCUGUCUCCAGGUUAGAAUUUUGACUUGCCUGUGCAGUCGAUCAUAGUAGAAAUCGUAGCAGUGCCUCAGGAGCAACAUGCAAAGAGAUAAUCCUUUGGUUCUCUUGAGAUCAUGGCAUUUACAAUCCUCCACAUACAGGAGUUGUACAUGCUUCGUUCAUUAGCACACCAGCGUAUUAUAUGGAAGUGAGUAAUUUUUCCUUUACAGUGUAAAAGAGCUUAAACAGAGACAGAGAAAGCAAACUGAAAAAGUAGUAUGGAGAAACAAUUGCACUGUGUGUCCCCUUAUCUUCAUCUAUCUUACCUAGCAAUUGACAAUUAUUACUUUGGGGGGUAAUGCACAACAUGUUCUGUUGUGUUGCUUAUUCUAUAAGGACAUAUGACAGACUUUAUUAACUCCAAUUGUAUUAUCUUUACCUGAUUGUUCAGAAGAAUUUUAUGUUGCCUUUUUGCUUGCAGACAAAAUCCCCUCUAUUACGUAUAAGGUGGCUAAGUUUUGCUCUGUUGCUAUUAGGACUCAACAACAACUAAUUUCCUGUCCUGCCUUUUAGAUUCUUGGUUCGGUUAGGAUGCUGGAUAACAACUAUUUUUAUAUGUCAAUAGGAUUUGUUCUCCUUCUGAUUAUAACCAUUAUUAUUUUAUGUAUUCUUUUUAUCCGUACUUUUCUGUAAAUUUGUAUUUGCUGAUCUUUGAUCGUUGAUAGUAAUAAACUAAACUCCCACUA